AUGGCCGCCACGUGUAACAAGCAUGAAUUGUAUGCACAGUCAGUACAAGCUGUGGAUACGGAGGUGGUUAAUCUAAUUGCAAUGAGAAGACAAAUCUCAUCAAGUCUGCAAACGGCAUUGAGUUUGCGAGAGGAUUUUUGUGGAACCGCUGUUCUCUGCCACGCAUGGUGCUCGUCCUUCAUAUCCCGUGUGGCAUACGGAAUCGACAACGACCCAGCUGUAAUCUCAUACGCCAGAACACACACAUUAAACGGAGACGACGCUUCCAGCCGUGUACAAUUAACGCUAGGAAGCGUAACUACACCGCGACACGAAUUCAAGACUCGGAUACCGAGAGUUGAUAUAAUCGCUGGCUUAAACUAUGGGAUUUGCUACUUUUACACGAGGAAGGAGCUACUACUGUAUUUGACACGAUGUAGAGACGGAUUACGGAAUGGUGGUGCGUACAUUUUCGAGCAAUCACCUAUAAAUCCAAUGACGAAUCUCGUCGCCAUGAAACUCCAUUUUUCCUUUUCGGAUGGAUCUCAACUUAGGAAUGCGUUUGGGUACGAUUUCCGGAUAUGGACUAUACCGGAAGUUCGUGAAGCUAUGAACGAUGCUGGAUUCAGGAACAUACACGUUUGGAUGGCACCGUUUCCUGAUUCUAAACCUUCAAAGGUGGCUUCACAAAGUGAGGAGGACGAUGAAGAGGACACUGGUGACGACGAGAGCGACGACGAAGGUGGCGAGACGGAAAGCCAGGGAUUCGAGUAUAGACGCGUUGAGGGAGAUCACUUGCCUCAGAUGCGUGGGUACAACGUAUACAUGGUCGCCACCGUAGGAGACUUUAUAGAAGACGAGGAAAUCGACGAAGAUCAGUACUCAUCGUAA